GGAUACUUCUACUUUGGCAGCAAUGAUUGCUGACGGACAAAGUCUGAGUAUUAAGCAACAGUGAACAAAAACAUUUGGACGCUCUAACCAUAUACCAGCAUAUGGUCAGUGAGAGAAUGGCCAGUCUGAGGAUUAACAGCGUUCUGGUUACCGGAUCUAACAGAGGAAUCGGUCUGGAGCUGGUUAAAAGAUUUCUGGAAAAGGUUAACCCUCAGCAUGUGUUCGCAACAUGUCGCAAUCCAGAAGGAGCUCAGGAACUAAAAUCCCUGGCUGCACAUCACCCAAAUCUUGAAGUUAUCCAACUCGAAGUUACAGACCGGAACUGCAUCAAAGCUGCGUAUCAUGUCAUUGAGAAGAAAUUAAACGGACGGGGUUUGAAUAUGCUUAUAAACAAUGCCGCCAUUGCCAUGGAAAACACUGUGGAAACAGCUGAUGAGAAUGAAAUGAUUAAUUCGUUCAAAACCAACACAAUCGCUCCCAUGAUUCUCACUCAGGAAUUCUUGCCAUUGCUGAACAAAGCAGCCCAAGAAAAUGCAUCUAUGAAAAAUAGUUGCAACAAGGCAUCUGUGAUAAAUAUAACCAGUUCCCUGGGCUCUGUGGGAGACGUCCCUUCUUUUUAUGCCAAUUAUCCAAAAAUUGGCUAUCGUUGUAGCAAGGCCGCACUGAAUAUGCUGACCCGCUGCCAGACAGAAGCGCAUAAGGGAAGUGGAAUUCUGUUUGUUGCCCUUCAUCCUGGGUGGGUGCAGACAGACAUGGGAGGGCCAAUGGCUCCGAUGACCGUGCAGGAGAGUGUCAGCGGUAUCGUGGGUGUACUUGAAACACUGUCUGAAGAACAAAAUGGCUUGUUUUUGGACUGGAAAGGGGAUCAAAUCCCAUGGUGAACACCAAGGAAGUACACAGA